AUGGCCACAAAUUCUCCUCCAUCUGAAGAUUACAUAGACAUUGAAGUCAUGAACUAUUGUCCUUCUAUAGUCUCUUUCCCUCAAAAUAGGCAAUUUGAGUUUCAAAUGGCCUCCAUUACAAAUGACGAAAAAACCUCAGCUGAUGAACUCUUCUACAAAGGUAAACUCCUUCCUCUUAUUAACCAAAAAAUACUUCCAAACUCAAAAGAUUCCUUUGAAGAAGAAGAAUUCUUUAGCAUAAACUUGUUAAUCACACCCUCAGGAUCUUGUAGGGUUAGUUUGGAACUUAAUCCAAAUGAUCACUUCAUUGAGUUGUCCACUGAACUCAUUAAUAGUCCUAAAAAAGUGUGGUCUAAGAAGCUCAAGCUCAUUAAACAAUCUUCAUUUAGCCAAAAGAUUAAGGCUUCAAAAGCAUAUCUCAAAUCUUUGUUUUGUAAAUCUGCUUCUACAUAUGAGUAUGAUCAACAAAUUUCAAAUGGUAAUGAUAUGAUCAAGGUGUCCAAGAAAAUACCAUUGAAAAAUAAUAGAAGAUGUGCAAGUCCAAAACAAGACAGUAUAAUAAAGAAUAUUGACAAGGAAAGAGCAGUGGAUAAUGUUAGUAGUAAUAAUCAUAGCAGGUCAUUUUCUGCAGCAAAAUUCAAGCGGAAUUCUCCAGCAAAAUCUGGUGGUUCUACUUCUUUCUCAUCAUCUAAUUGUUCUUUCAACUCCAAUAAUGGCUUUUAUGAGUUGAAUUUAUUCAAGAGAAGUAGCAGUUUCACUUCAGAGAUGGGUUCAAUUGAGGCUGCUAUUGCUCAUUGUAAAAACUCCUAA